AUGGAGGAGGGAGAUCCAAAUCGACCAUCACUAGGGUUCCCUAUAGGUUUAGUUCUUCUAUUGCUUAUGUUGUUUAUCAUGAGUGGGUUGUUCAGUUGCUGCCUACACUGGGAAAGGGUGCUUUACCUACUUGGAGCUACAAGCGAGGACAAUCACUCCCUUACCGAAGAAGAUGUAGAAAAUUUUCCCCAGAAAUCUCCACCCCCUCGUGUGAAGUCAAAGAAAAGUCAAGGCCAGAGCCAUCCAGUUUUGAUGCCAGGGGAUCAAGUGCCAAACAAAGAUCUUGAUUCUCUAAGGAGGCGUAAAGUAGAAUCAAGCAAGAGUGAGAAUACUGAAUAG